AGUUAGCAGAGGUUUCUUUCCGGCUGGUUGCUUUGCUUCUUCCACCAAUGUCGCCGGGUUGGACGCCGGAGCCCGGUGGGCUGGUUGGUAGGGGGUGGGUUACGGUUGACAGACAGAUGAUGGACAGGUGGACAGUGUACUUUUGUACAGGCUGUCACCACGCCUGUGACUUUUCAAAAUUUGAAUUGAUGCUGGGAUUUCGCGCCUACCACUGCGGCGCUGCGAUGAGGAUGCCUGAUAGGAGAUUGGGCUAUGUUUGCUGCGGAACCCUAGUGGGCCUUGGAGGAUUGGGCUUCGCUCAAGCUGACAUUGGAUGCUGGGACGCUGCUGCUAAUUUGACGCAAAUUGGGCCGUGGACCUUCACUGGUCUUGCUGGAAUGCUUUCUUUUAGCAUGCCUGUUCAACAGUGGGCCUUUGGGCUCACCUGCUGGGCUUUGAUCUUGAGCUGCUGUUACUUUGUUGCUGAGUAGUGGACGGGCCUUUGCUGGCCCAGAAGCUAGGAAGCUUGGAUGAUGGUGAUCUUUUUGCUGGAUUUUCCCAAUGAUGGGCCUUCAUUGGCUUGGACUUGGGUUUUGAUUUAUUUUUGAUGAAUGAGUCGGGGACUAUCCCGUACCAUUCUUGGAUUGUAUUUUUGUGAUGUCUUUUGGACUUCGGAAAAACUCCUCUCUCCCCCCCUUGCCGCAAGGUGGGGGGGGGGGGGGGCGGAGACGGUAGAUUCUAUUUUAGGUUAGCCUGCUAGCUUAGAUAGAUCUUUUUGAUACAUGUAUUGUUAUUUUUCUGGAUAUAUAU